AUGCCGGCAACUCAAGACAAGCCUCUGGCUGCGGGAGAUAAAAAGACCCCUGCCCUGUCGGAACCCAUGCAGAUUAAACAAGAGAGCGCAACAACGAGCACCGAGGAGCUUUUCAAAAUCGAAAGCAUCCAACUAGGUUGUAAAGUUUAUAUAUCAAAAGAUGGAGAGGAAAGGCUCGCUGAGAUUUUGCAAGAGCACUUGAAAAAGGGUAGAAAAGUGUAUUAUGUCCACUAUCAGGACUUCAACAAGCGAUUAGACGAGUGGGUCGAGAUUGAUCGAAUAAACUUCUGUCGACCCUUGAUACUACCGGAAAUCAAGACCGAUGAAAAAAAGGACACCAAGCAAAAGAAAAAGACCAAGCUGAAACUCACGAAAUCCAAGGAUUCGAAAUUGAACGCCAAUGCCAAUGGCAAUAACAGCGCGAACGCCAAUGUGAAUGGGAACGGGAGUCAGUCGCAGUCACAGACUCCUCGCGGUGGAAGCACACCAGCGAUGAACGACGACGAGAUGGACUUGGAAAACUUGAAUGUGCAAGGUUUGAAACGGCCCGGGGAAGAGGUGAGCCGAGAAGACGAAAUCAAGAAAUUGAGAGCUGGUGGGUCCAUGACUCAGAAUCAUUCUGAAGUGGCCCGGGUGAGAAAUUUGUCUAGUGUCAUCUUGGGCGAACAUAUAGUUGAACCAUGGUAUUUCUCGCCCUACCCGAUUGAGCUCACUGAGGAAGAUACGAUAUAUAUAUGCGAUUUUACCUUGUCGUUUUUCGGAUCAAGAAAACAAUUUGAGCGGUUUAGGUCCAAGUGUUCCAUGAAACAUCCGCCGGGGAAUGAAAUCUACCGAGAUGGCAAAGUAUCGUUUUGGGAGUUGGAUGGAAGGAAACAGCGCACAUAUUGCCGCAACUUGUGUCUACUAUCGAAACUUUUUUUGGACCACAAGACCUUGUAUUAUGAUGUUGACCCAUUCUUGUUUUACAUCAUGAGUAUCAAAUCUGAGCAAGGACAUCACAUUAUGGGAUAUUUUUCAAAAGAAAAAGAAAGUCAGGAUAACUACAACGUUGCUUGUAUUUUGACUUUGCCCCCUUACCAAAAACGAGGCUUGGGCAAGAUACUAAUCCAAUUUUCAUAUAUGCUUUCUGCCGUGGAAAAGAAAGUCGGCUCACCCGAGAAACCCUUGUCUGAUUUGGGCUUACUUUCGUACCGAGCUUAUUGGACGGACACGUUGGUGAAGUUGCUAGUCGAGAGAAACAACCCUUCCUUGUAUCGAAAGAAUAACAAUUUCCAAGCUGAAGAAGAUGAAGAUUUUGAAGGAACGCCAUCAGCAGAAGGAGCAGCAGCAGGGAGAGCAACAACAACAACAACAACCACAAGAGGCGAAAACGGCAACAGUAACGAGAUUACAAUAGAGGACAUCUCAGCGAUAACGUGCAUGACCACGACGGAUAUCCUUCAUACAUUGACCACUUUGCAAAUGUUGAGAUACUAUAAAGGCCAGCAUAUCAUUGUGCUAACAGAUCAAAUGAUGACAUUGUACGACAAGUUGAUCAAGAAAGUCAAGGAAAAGAAGAAACACGAGUUGAAUCCCAAAUUGUUGAACUGGACUCCACCGCAAUUCACGGCAAAUCAACUACGUUUCGGUUGGUAA